AAAACAUUCGUAGUCCUCUUCUUUGCGCAUUCAUCAGAAUAUUACCUCAGCUUUUACAUUUCUCUACUGACGCGCAAAAUCUCAUUUGGUGUUUUCUAAUUGUCGAAACUGAUCUCGAAUUCGAUUUUGUAAAGAUCUCGUUCAAUUUCACCAUUAGAGACCCUGACGGUGGUGGUGGUUGAUCAUGAAGUUUGGCUAUUCUUCUGGUCAAAUUCGAUUCGUGUUUUAAGCAACUGAUAUAGCAAUGUCGAAGCCGAUCUUGCUCGUGUGUCUACUAGUUAUACUUAUAGUGACCUCUCAGUUUGAAUGGAGGCAACCACUUGUUGAGUUAGAUACAGCCACUAGCUUGUCUCAGAAACAGCAGCAGAUUUCAGAUAGGGAAGAAGCUGUCAAAGAGAAGAUCAUCAUAUCACAAGAGAGACAUAUCCAGAGGCUAAAUGAGCUUGUGAGGACUCUUCAACUGCAGUUA